UAAAAACAGCUGAUUCCCCAAUCACAACAAUUUUUAAAUGUGAUCUGAUUGAAAUUGCUUUCAAAUCUCACUAAAAAUGGUUAAAAUAAAGAAAAAGGAGGCCAAAAAAAAGCCAUUAACCCGCAAGGAGCAAAGAAAACAGAAGUCGGAGGUCAAAAAGCAGAAUAAGCGGCUUUAUCACGCCGGCAAAACCAACGGAACUCAGCGCGUGGCCGCGGCAGCAGAGGCGUCGGCAGCGCAGUCUCUACAAGGCAAAAACAAGAAGAAGAAAAAGAGCAAAAAACCUAAAGUAAAUCCAGACGAUAUUCCCAAAGAACAACUUUUAUCCGGAGAAAUAGACAGCGAUGAUGAUGAGUCCAUCGAUUCGGAUUUCAGCGAUCCUGAUGUCGAUGCUCUCAUGCCCAAAAGCAAGGAGAAGGUGGAAGUUUUCGAACCUCUGGGUAAGAGGGCCAAGAAAAUGCAAGGAGGUGCCAUCCAAAGACAGGAUGAAGAAUUGGUCAGGAGAAAGGAACUCCGCCAGCAAAAGGAACUGUCGUCCAAGUCCAAGAAGCAGCGACUCAAGACACUGCGCCUGGAAAACGAGGAAGAAGAUCGCGAGAUCAACAAGCUUGAAAAGAAGCUGAAACUCAACAAAUCAAAGGAUAAAAACCGUCUGGUUAGGAAGAUGUUUAACGAUGGUUUGGACUACCUACUGGACUUUGUCCUGGAUGACGAAGAGGAGAAGCAGAAGUGGGAGGAAAAACAGGAAAGAAAGAAACGGCUAAAAGAGCAGCAAGAAAAGGAGGAUGCGGGCAUGUGGAGCGAUGAGGAGGAAGAGGAGCAGGAUGAACUGAAAGAUAACUUCCCGGAAGAUGACAGCGGUUCAGAGGAUGAGGAGGACGAUGAAGAUAUAAGUGGAGAUGAAAGCGAUGAAGGGUCCGAAGCAGAAGAAGAAGCUCCCAAAAUUAAAGAAGACAUCUACGGACGAAAGCGAGAUGCCGAGGGCAACAUCCUGCCCGAUCCCGUGGAGAAAGAAGCCUCUGCUGUCGGUCAGAAGUACAUACCUCCACAUCAACGAGCUCUGAUGGCCGCCAGUGCAGGAUCCAGCGAAAAGCAGGCGGAGAUCCUUGCCCGAUUGCUAAAACAGAGUAAAGGUCUCCUGAAUCGACUGUCCGAGGCGAAUCUUCACAAGAUUGCCGCUGGCAUAGAGGCCCUAUACAUGAAGAACUCCCGCUACAACAUGAACGAGACCCUAACAAAGUUACUCCAGGAAGCCUUGCUGGGUUCCACGCGGACCAAUGAGCGAAUGGUACAGGAACACAUGGUUUUAUUGGCCUAUCUGCAUGCACAAAUAGGCAGCGAGAUCGGUGCCCAUUUUCUGCAGACAUUCGUGGAGUUAUUCGAUGGUUAUGUCAAGGAUAUCACUAACUUGGAAGUGGAGGACAAGCAGUUGAAUAACCUUGUGCUAGUGCUCUGCUACAUGUACCUGUUCAAGAUUUAUGAGCUGAGCUUGCUAAUGGAGCUGAUAGGCAAAUUGACAGAUCAGCUUUGCGAGAAGAGUGUGGAGUGCCUUUUGCAGAUAUUCCAAUCGAUUGGUUUCCGUCUGCGCAAGGAUGAUCCACUAGCUUUCAAGACCAUGAUGCAAAAAGUUCAAUCGCAGAUUGCCAGCGCACCACUAGAACUCAAGGAGAAUCCCCGCCUGCGUUUCAUGGUAGACAUCCUGAAUGCAGUCAAAAAUAAUAAUAUGCAAAAGCUGCCGCAAUAUGAUCCUGAGCUGGCGGAUAAUCUACGAAAGCGCCUGAAGGCCAUGCUGAAAAACGAUCGCUAUGUUGUUACCCUAAAUAUAACACUAGAGGACCUCCUGCGGGCCGACAAAGUGGGAAAAUGGUGGAUCGUGGGCUCUGCCUGGACAGGAAACCUCGACGAGAUGGGUUCUGCCAAACAAAAACCGAAUAAGAACUCAUCUAAUUCUGCAAAUGCAGGAUUUGCGGAUCAGUUACUGGAGCUGGCCAAAAAGCAGCAGAUGAACACUGCCGAAAGGAGGAAUAUCUUCUGCAUUAUCAUGAGUGCUGCUGAUUAUGUGGAUGCCUUUGAAAAGAUCCUGCAUUUGGCUCUGAAGGAUCAGCGGGCGGUGGCCUAUGUGAUCAUACAUUGUGCCCUAAACGAGAAGCGAGCGAAUCCCUAUUACGCUCACUUGGCCCUCAAGUUCUGUCAAUUCAAUAGGAAGUAUCAACUGGCAUUCCAGUUCGCCAGUUGGGAUAGGAUUAAUGACAUUGAAAAGCUUUCAAAACCGCAGAUUCGUAACCUGGCUAGUUUUCUACAACAAGUAAUCCUAGCAGCUGGCUUGCAGCUCUCUGUUCUUAAAGUGGUGGACUUCAUGCAGCUGGAUAAGCUCAGCUUUUACUUUAUGAAGGAAGUGAUGGUCAGGUUACUUUUAUCGCCCGACGAGCGGGAAGUUUAUCAGACGUUCGAAAGAGUCGCUAAGAACUCGAAGCUCCAGCAAUUUAAACAGAGUGUUCGGCUUUUCCUGCAGCAUUUCCUUUUGAAAUCGGAUCAACUGGACAAGCUGAAACUUAAGGAGGAAGAGCAGCAGCUGCUGCAACAGCGGGUAGAUCACCUGGACAAAUUGCUGGCCUAUGUGGAUCUGUAAAUAUAAGUAGAGUUAAAAAGCGACCUUAAUAAAUUGUAAAAUAAGCUUCUACUCGAAGAGUAGAAUCCAUGUUUUUACUACAAAUAAUGAAAAA